AUGUUUCUUAGAGCUGCUAAAACAGGACCAAUGAAGAUGUUCACUAGGCUCCAAGUCCUUGCAUUAGCUUUAUUUUCCAAAGGAGUCUUCCUUUCCCUAAGUGACCACAGCUUUGUAAGGAAGGAAAUCAAGAUAGAAGGGGACCUGGUCUUAGGUGGCUUAUUCCCAAUCAAGGAAAAAGGCACUGGGAUAGAAGAAUGUGGGAGAAUCAAUGAAGACCGAGGCAUCCAGCGCUUGGAGGCCAUGUUGUUUGCCAUUGAUGAAAUCAACAGAGACAACUACUUGCUGCCAGGAAUUAAGCUUGGUGUUCACAUCUUGGACACAUGUUCCAGGGAUACAUAUGCCUUAGAACAGUCUUUGGAGUUUGUCAGGGCAUCAUUGACUAAAGUGGAUGAAACAGAGUACAUGUGCCCUGAUGGCUCAUAUGCCAUUCAAGAGAACUUACCACUACUCAUUGCAGGAGUCAUAGGUGGUUCCUAUAGCAGUGUCUCCAUACAGGUGGCAAACUUGCUCAGACUCUUCCAGAUCCCCCAGAUAAGCUAUGCCUCCACGAGUGCCAAGCUGAGUGACAAAUCCCGCUAUGACUACUUCGCACGGACAGUGCCCCCAGACUUCUACCAAGCCAAAGCCAUGGCUGAAAUAUUACGGUACUUCAACUGGACUUAUGUGUCAACGGUUGCUUCAGAAGGAGACUAUGGGGAGACAGGGAUUGAAGCCUUUGAGCAGGAAGCUCGCCUCCGCAACAUUUGCAUUGCCACCUCGGAGAAAGUGGGCCGGUCCAACAUCAGGAAGUCCUAUGAUGGCGUGAUCAGAGAGCUGCUCCAGAAACCCAAUGCCAGAGUGGUGGUGCUCUUUAUGCGAGGAGAUGAUUCUCGGGAGCUCAUUGCAGCUGCCAACCGCUUCAAUGUCUCCUUUACCUGGAUUGCCAGUGAUGGAUGGGGAGCGCAAGAGAGUAUUGUCAAGGGCAAUGAGCACAUAGCUGCUGGGGCAAUAACCUUGGAACUUGCUUCCCAUCCAGUUAAAGAGUUUGACACAUAUUUCCAAAGCCUCAGCCCUUACAAUAACAGGCGCAACCCCUGGUUCAAGGACUUCUGGGAGCAAAAAUUCCAGUGUAAUCUCCAGAACCGUAAACCACAUAAAAAGGCUUGUGACAAACACUUCACCAUCAAUAGUUCCAACUACGAGCAAGAAUCCAAGAUCAUGUUUGUCGUGAAUGCUGUGUAUGCGAUGGCCCACGCCUUGCAUAAAAUGCAGAGGACUCUCUGUCCAAACACCACGAAGCUCUGUGAUGCCAUGAAGCAUCUGGAUGGCAGGAAGCUGUACAAAGAUUAUCUCCUGAAAGUAAACUUUACAGCUCCAUUCAACCCUCCCAAUGAUGCUGACAGUAUGGUCAAAUUUGAUGCCUUUGGAGAUGGUAUUGGACGUUACAACGUGUUCAAUUUCCAGUACACUGGAGGCAGAUACUCCUAUGUGAAGGUUGGUCAGUGGGCAGAAACUUUGUCACUUGAGGUGGACAAUAUCCACUGGUCCAGGAGCUCUGUCCCUGUCUCCCAGUGCAGUGACCCCUGUGCUCCAAACGAGAUGAAGAAUAUGCAACCAGGAGAUGUCUGCUGCUGGAUUUGUAUUCCCUGUGAAACCUAUGAGUACUUGGCUGAUGAAUUCACUUGUGCAGACUGUGGGCCUGGAAAAUGGCCCACAGCUGAUCUGACUGGCUGUUACGACUUACCAGAAGACUACAUCAAGUGGGAAGAUGCUUGGGCAAUAGGUCCUGUGACGAUUGCAUGCCUGGGCUUUAUUUGUACUUUUAUGGUCAUUGCAGUGUUCAUCAAGCACAACAAUACCCCCCUGGUCAAAGCCUCUGGCCGUGAGCUGUGCUACAUAUUGCUCUUUGGGGUCUUCUUGUCUUACAGCAUGACUUUCUUCUUCAUAGCCAAGCCUUCUCCAGCUAUCUGCACCUUGCGUCGUCUGGGGCUAGGAAGCUCCUUUGCUGUCUGCUAUUCUGCCCUUCUGACAAAGACGAACUGCAUAGCCAGAAUAUUUGAUGGUGUAAAGAAUGGUGCUCAAAGGCCAAAAUUCAUCAGCCCCAGCUCUCAGGUCUUCAUCUGCCUGAGUCUCAUUUUGGUACAGAUUGUGGUAGUGUCUGUGUGGCUUAUUUUGGAGGCCCCUGGCACCAGGCGAUACACUCUUCCUGAGAAGAGAGAGACUGUCAUAUUGAAGUGCAAUGUCAGAGAUUCCAGUAUGCUAAUCUCCUUAACAUAUGAUGUGAUCCUCGUAGUCUUAUGCACGGUAUAUGCCUUCAAAACAAGGAAAUGUCCAGAGAACUUCAACGAAGCCAAGUUUAUUGGUUUUACAAUGUACACAACGUGCAUCAUUUGGCUGGCCUUUCUCCCCAUAUUUUAUGUGACAUCCAGUGACUACAGAGUGCAAACCACCACCAUGUGCAUCUCUGUGAGUCUGAGCGGCUUUGUUGUGCUGGGCUGCUUGUUCGCCCCCAAGGUGCACAUCAUCCUCUUCCAGCCCCAGAAGAACGUGGUAACUCACAGGCUCCAUCUCAACAGAUUCAGUGUCAGUGGGACCGGCACCACUUACUCUCAGUCAUCUGCUAGUAUGUACGUACCAACCGUCUGCAAUGGAAGGGAAGUUCUGGACUCCACCACUUCAUCUCUGUGAUUGUGACUUGCGGUUCAGUUUUUGAGGUUUUAGACUGUUAGGCAAAAUUUUGCACAUGUUGUGCACUUUGGAAAACACCAGAAAACAGAAGAAAUCAAAACAAAAUUAGUACCUUUUUUUAGAAACAGUGUAAUAAAUUAUUUUUGAGGAUUGUACAGUAUAUAGUGAUGUUCUGGAACUUUUUAGACUGAUUUUAGCCUUUCUGUUGUUAACGGUCAUAAGGGACAUGUAAAUAACCAUGGUUCACAAUGUGCAUAGUCCUACAGUAAGGGAGUGAUUUGUUGCAAGCACAGUUGCAAUGUUAGGUGACUUCUUUCCUACGAAAUUUUUUUGUAGCUCCUUGUUGUAAUUAACUUAGACUGCAUUUCUAUGUUGUAUAUUACAGUUACCUUACAUGUAACAGACUGGUUUUCUCAGCACAAAACAGCAGUGUUAAUGUAAAGGCACCAAUAAUAAAAAGAUAAAAGUUUU